AGGGCCCGCGCUGCCCGGCGGCGGCCACGGCCCCCUCCCUGACCCCCCGCCUGCCCCCCAGCGCGGCGCCAUGGGGCUGAAGGCCUGGCAGAAGGCGCUGUUCCCGCUGCGCUCGGUGGGCGCCGUGGUGCGGCUCUUCGAGGCGGAGCUGCGCCAGCCGCAGCCCGACCUGGUGCUGCUCUCGCUGGUGCUGGGCUUCGUCGAGCACUUCCUGGCCGUCAACCGCGUGCUGCCCACCAACGUGCCCGGCGUCAGCUUCGAGGCGCGCCCCGGCCCCCAGCCCCACACGCUCGCCUACUUCCCCGUGGCCGAGCUGUCCAUCGUGGCCGCCCUCUACGCCCGCUUCACGGCGCAGAUCCGCGGCGCCGUCGACCUCUCGCUCUACCCGCGCCCCGGCGGCCUCUCGUCCCGCGAGCUCGUCAAGAAGGUCUCCGACGUCAUCUGGAACAGCCUCAGCCGCUCCUACUUCAAGGACCGGGCCCACAUCCAGUCCCUCUUCAGCUUCAUCACCGGGACGAAGCUGGACAGCUCGGGGGUGGCGUUCGCGGUGGUGGGGGCCUGCCAGGCGCUGGGGCUGCCCGACGUGCACCUGGCGCUCUCCGAGGACCACGCCUGGGUCGUCUUCGGGCGCGACGGCGAGCAGACGGCCGAGGUCACCUGGCACGGCAAGGGCAACGAGGACCGGCGCGGGCAGACCGUGCACGCCGGCGUGGCCGAGCGGAGCUGGCUGUACCUGAAGGGCUCCUACCUGCGCUGCACGCGGCACAUGGAGGUGGCGUUCAUGGUGUGCGCCAUCAACCCCGCCAUCGACCUGCACACCGACAGCCUCGAGCUGCUGCAGCUCCAGCAGCGCCUGCUGUGGCUGCUCUACGACUUGGGGCACCUUGAGAGGUACCCCAUGGCCCUGGGCAACCUGGCCGACCUGGAGGAGCUGGAGCCCACGCCGGGGCGGCCCGACCCCCUCACCAUCUACCACAAGGGCAUCGCCUCGGCGCGCACCUACUACAACAACGAGCACAUCUACCCCUACAUGUACCUGGCCGGGUACCACUGCCGCAACAAGAACGUCAAGGAGGCGCUGGAGGCCUGGGCCGACACCGCCACCGUCAUCCAGGACUACAACUACUGCCGGGAGGACGAGGAGAUCUACAAGGAGUUCUUCGACGUGGCCAACGACGUCAUCCCCAACCUGCUCAAGGAGGCGGCCAACGCCGCCGAGCCGCCGCCCGAGGCCGAGGGUGCCGAGGCGGCCCCCUGCCCGGGGGGGGGCUCGGCGCUGCAGGACCCCGAGUGCUUCGCCCACCUGCUGCGCUUCUACGACGGCAUCUGCAAGUGGGAGGAGGGCAGCCCCACGCCCGUGCUGCACGUCGGCUGGGCCACCUUCCUCGUGCAGUCCCUGGGCCGCUUCGACGGGCAGGUGCGGCAGAAGGUGACGCUGGUGUCGCGGGAGGCCGAGGCGCCCGAGGACGAGGAGCAGGGCGGCGAGGAGCCGCGCGAGGGGGGGGGCCGCCGCCGGGGCCCCCGCCGCGAGUCCAAGCCCGAGGAGCCCCCCCUGCCCAAGAAGGCGCCCGAGCGGCGCCGGCCCCCCCCGACCGCCGCCACCGCCGCCGCCGGGCCCCCCCGCCCCGACCGGCCGCCGGGCGAGGACCCCGCGCCCCCCCCCACCGCCACCGCCGCGCCGCCCCCCGCCGCCCCCCCGGCCGCCCCCCCCGAGGGGCCGGUGCUGCUCUUCCAGAGCGAGAAGAUGAAGGGGAUGAAGGACCUGCUGCGGGCGCCCAAGAUCAACUCCAGCGCCAUCAAGCUGCAGCUCACGGCCCAGUCGCAGGUGCAGCUCAAGAAGCAGAAGGCCUCGCCCAGCGACUACACGCUGGCCUUCCUCAAGCGGCCCCGCAAGGGGCUCUAGGGGGGGGCACCGUGGAGACCCCCCCCCAGCGACUACACGCUGGCCUUCCUCAAGCGCCCGCGCAAGGGGCUCUGAGGGGGGGGCACCAUGGAGACCCCCCCCCCGAGAAGCAGCAGGCCUCGCCCAGCGACUACACGCUGGCCUUCCUCAAGCGCCCGCGCAAGGGGCUCUGAGGGGGGGGCCCAUGCAGGACCCCCCCCCCGCCGGGGGGGCUGCACUGGAGCAGGGGGGGACGGCGGGGAGCCGCAGGGCUGCAGUGGUGGUGGGGGCUCUGGGGGGGCCCUGGGUCGCUCGGGGGGGCCUUGGGGGGCUCUGGAGCAGCACCAGGAGCUGUGGGGGGCUCUGGGGGGGCCC